AUGCUUCUAUCUCACCCAAUCAUUUUCUUCACCACUGCCUUCGGUGCGGUCUCUAUGGCUAAUCCGAUCGCUAAUGCUGAAGCAGCAGCACUCGCUAUCCUCCACGAUCUGCCCGAAUGGGAGUCGUACUCAACCUCGCUUGAAGCACGAAAUGCUGAACCGGCCGGGCUAGAGGCACGCCAGGGCGGUCCUAUUGCCUGCAUCGCCACGGUUGGACUCGGUCCUCCGUCUCAGCCUUCGUUCCGUGGAUGUAUUGGAGUCCGCCCUGGCCUUAUCACCGGUUUUUUUGUUCGGACUGCGGAGUUUCCCAACUGCGAGAUUGGGGUUGAGGUUAACUACCCCAACUGCGCCCAAUACCGCGUUGUCAGCAUUCAGAACUGCGGUGGUGAACGCUUAGUCGAUAUCUCGGAUGGCUCGUCUUGCCCACCACCACCUGGAAGAUAG